AUGCCCACAAGGAGAAUCUCUCAAGUGAAACUAAUAGCCACUUUACAGACAACCUUUUGGUGUGCACAUCCAACGAACACGAACUUCGACCAGGCGUUUGUCAAGUUUCUAGAUGGCGGCAAGUACUGGGGUGGCGCCGUUGCUGCCAUGAAAGGCGGCAAGUUGCUGAUUGCUAAAGGAUACGGCACUGACCAAGAUGGGAAAGAGGUGACGCACACCAGCAAGUUCCCAGUGUCCAGCAUAGCCAAGUCUCUGACCGGAGUGGCUGUUAUGCAACUGAUACAGGCCGGAAAGAUCUCUUUACAAGAUAAGGUCUUUGGAGAGUCGGGUAUUCUCAAGGCCCUGAAAGCCUGGAGGGACACAGUGGACCCCCGAUUGUAUGACAUCACAGUGGAUCAUCUGCUUCACCACAGCGCUGGAUGGGACGUGACCAAACCUCCACUGUACGACCCGCUAUUCAACCAACAGUAUCAAAAGCAGCAUGGCAACGUGCCCAACAUGGUCGAAGACUUGGGUUUGAGCCCGCCGCUGCAGGCCAGUGAUAUCAUCCGUUACGUGAUGUCCUACUCUCUGAGCUUCACACCUGGCACCCGUACUGCUUACUCUAACGUGGCGUAUCUGGUGCUGGGCCGGGUCAUUGAGGCCGUGUCUGACACGGAGUACAAUGACUUCGUAAAAAGAUUUGUCCUUGAGCCAUGUGGUAUGUGGAACACACGCUUGACAACACAAAACAACACCAAAGUCACUGCUGAAGAGGCUGGCGAUGCAGGCUACAACUCUCUGGAUCCAUUCUCAGCCGAUUCGGCCCUAGGGUGGUACUCCAACGUCUAUGACCUGAUGCGCUUUAUGAGGUGCACAUUUGAGACGGAAAAGAUUCUCAGCAACAAGUAUAAGAAAAUGCUCUUAGACAAGCCAAGCUCAUCACUUCUCGAGGACAAUGACUCUUGGUAUUCUGCCGGCUUUCAUACAAACAGCAACGGCAAUGUCUGGCAGGAUGCAGACAAGCACACUGAUGAUUUAAUUCUCUAUUACAAUAUGAAGCUACAUGACAGUGAAGUGCUAGAUCUUCCUGAUUCAUGGGUCAUUCUGCUGCAUGGAAAUAACCAUAAGAAGCUCAAACAUGAUGCCAAGAACUUGAUGUCUUUACUGGAUCUGGCUAACCCUACUGAGAAUCUAUUCUUGUAUGAUUUGUCCGAUCUGUACCAGCAUUCCAACGGGGAAUCACUUACGAAGGAAAAUACUCCCAGCUACACUAUCAAAUAUCAAGUGGAUGAACAUCGCCUUGUGGCAUACACCAGUGCUUUACAGGAUGAAGAUUUCAAUAUUAUCUGGCUCACAUCCUACACUGUUAACCACCACACAUUCUUCCUUCUGAUUGGUAAAUAUAUUGAACAGCCCACAAGGUCACAAUAUGAUUACAUCGUUGAACACGGCAUGGACCACCGGCAGCUGCUCAAAAGGAAGCUUCAACUGGAAGAGUCUGGUUAUAACAUGACUGAGCUGCACAGCUACAGGAGUCAGGCACACAACAACCCUAUAUCGUUUGCUGCUAUCUUCCGGCAAGAAGCCUUUUCUCCAGACAUGCAGAUGAAGUACGGCACAGGUCAUCUUCCAGAGCCAUAUGAAAAACUAGUACAGAUGUACUAUGAGAAACAGUUCCAUCCCAUGUCCCAGACAGUGGUCCAUCACGAAGAUGAGGAACAGUUCUCAUUUAUAUUCAUUAGAGGAACGGAAGUUGAACCUAUAGACUUCAAGCAUUACUAUGACCUUUCAGCUCAUCGACUCGCAAAACUAACGGCAGAAAAUGCGAAAGCUAACCUCCACUUAGCUUAUUUGAAUUCCUAUGACGUAUCUGGCAAGUUUAGAAUGGCAGCUGUCUUCACAAAUGCAACAGCUUCAGCGGGUAAACUUGACAUUGAUCAAACAGAACACCAGGCUACAAAAUCAUUGAUAUCCAACUUGAAAAAGGGCAUGUUUCUCAAGUAUAUGGUGCCCUACAUCGGUGAGGACUCACAAAUGAAACUAGCAACUUUUUAUGGGGAUGAACAAUCUCCAUAA